CCACAGGGAACGGUUGCUAGGAAACGAGCUUUGUCCAUUUUGCCGAGGCGAAUGGAAGAUUAAAGCUGUUAGCUGGAAUGCUAUUUAAUUUAUUAACAGACACUUAAAAUAUUUCUCACGAGGUUUCGAAUGUACGCCGAGCAAUGGUGAAGUUGAGGGCAAGAUGUCUGCUUCUCGGGGAUGCUGCAGUGGGGAAAAGUUCUCUUUCUCACAUCUUCUACAAUGACGGAUCUCUGUUCCAGAAGAACUAUAGCUUGACGACGGGAGUGGAGCUGGUGAUGAAAUGUAUCAACAUUCCAGAGACCAACGACUCCGUGGAGCUCUAUAUCUUAGACUCGGCGGGGAAGGAGACGCUAGCGGAGGGCUGCGAGAAAAUGUGGGGGGAGCCAUCUUUGCUGUGUCUGGUGUUCGAUUUGACCAGUGAGCAGUCUUUUGCUAACUGCACAUGUUGGAUGGAAAGAGUCCAAGCACACUGCAAAGGCCUCCGUGUGCCAGGUGUUCUCGUGGGAAACAAGUCGGAUCUGUCAGCUAGAAGGGAAGUACAGGCGUCCGUGGCCGAGGAGUGGGCCCAAAGCAAGGGACUGGAGUACCACGAGACAUCAGCUAAAGAGAUGGUCAACUGUGACGCCCCCCUCCUCAGCUUAGCACAGUCCUUCUAUUCUCUCUACCAGGAGCAGCGUGAGAUCAUGCAGGACCUCGGGCCCGGCUAGACUCCCCUUCCUUCACCACAGAGCUCACAGCCGUUUGAGACGAACCACUGCGGAGGAAUUGCUUUAGGAAAAUAGGAUUUUCUGACAAGGAUACUGAAAGGCUUUCUGAUUGUUUUUGUUUUAAAUAAAGGACUAAAUAAGGAGCAA